CCUGUUACCGUUGACGUCCCUCUCCUCCCUCCGUCUCGUCUCGUCGCUGUGUUUUUUUCCGGAGGGGUCCGUUCUCCUAUCUGAAAACAAACCGGUAGUCACGUCUCCGUGUUCUGCCGCUGCUCAUCCUACGGCCGACACCGAGUGAGCGGAGCUGAGGGCGGCCUGGGCUCCGAGGAGAAGCUGGAAACCGCCUGGGAGGCUGCAUAUCCGCCGCUUUCUUGUAAUACAACCGCAUUUUGCCAUUGGUUUAUUCCCCGAAGCCCCGAGCAUCUCUCGGUGUCUCAUAAUGUUGUUUUAGGCGGGUUGGACUCUGUUUUUGUGACGGUUUCUUCGUGGGAGCCAGCUUUUGACGUUUUGGUAUUAGCCGGCUAACAAGAGAACAGACACUCGCCCUUUCCCCCGCUCAGCCCGUGGUGGCCAAAGACCCAGCGACCGUUCCGUUUGCCUCCAUGGUUCCGUUUUGCCCCCAGUCUCACCAGAAGACAAUGCUGCUGCAAGUGAACCGGUGACCUACGGGGCUGCUUUGUGAACGAUCCGGCCGGUGUGCCCCGACAUGGUGCGUUAGCGUCUGGGAAGCACUGGGGGAAAGUGGAAAGCUCAGUGGUGGCUUCGGUCCGGGCGGUUUCUUCUUCCGAUGAGGCUGGGCUGAUAGCAACACACCCGCCAGACAUGAGGUUUGUUUUCACGCAUCAGGUAUAAGCUGGAUCGCCGUCUUGGUGGUCUGUGCUGCCUUCACGGACUGUGACAAUGAGGACUGUAUGAGAAGUGAGGCUGUUUUUUAAUGAUACACGGAGCCUGGUGUGAGGGACAAACGGGCUGAGGGGUGUUUUUAACCCACUGUGAACACGAAACCAGAGCCUGCGUAUUUUUUCCUCCUGGACGGCGAAGCGCACUCAGGGACGGCUAUGUCUUUACGCACAGCACUGCCUGGGAACGAGCGGAACCCGGACCAUCACACCUCGCUGUCAGUCAGCCGCUCAGAAAAGGGCGCUGGCUGGUCAAGCCGUGCGCUUGGAGCCCGAUGUCGCAACUCCAUCGCCUUGUGUUCAGACGAGCAUCCGCACAUCGGAAACUACCGGCUGCUCAAAACCAUCGGCAAGGGCAACUUUGCCAAGGUCAAACUGGCACGACACAUCCUGACCAGCAGAGAGGUUGCAAUAAAGAUCAUCGAUAAAACACAGCUCAACCCAACCAGCCUACAGAAGCUGUAUCGAGAGGUACGCAUCAUGAAAAUGCUCAACCAUCCCAACAUCGUGCGGUUGUUUGAGGUGAUUGAGACAGAGAAGACUCUUUACCUGAUUAUGGAGUAUGCCAGUGGAGGUGAAGUGUUCGACUACCUCGUGUCUCACGGCAGAAUGAAGGAGAAAGAAGCUAGAGCCAAGUUCAGACAGAUUGUCUCAGCAGUGCACUACUGUCAUCAGAAGAACAUUGUUCACAGAGACUUGAAGGCGGAGAACCUGCUACUAGACGCAGACUCUAACAUCAAAAUAGCUGACUUUGGCUUCAGUAAUGAGUUCACUGCGGGCAGUAAACUGGACACGUUCUGUGGCUCCCCGCCUUAUGCUGCCCCAGAACUCUUCCAGGGGAAGAAGUACGAUGGUCCAGAGGUGGACAUCUGGAGUCUGGGCGUCAUCUUGUACACACUGGUCAGUGGGUCCUUGCCCUUUGACGGACAGAACCUAAAGGAACUGCGGGAGCGCGUUUUGAGGGGAAAGUAUCGCGUGCCCUUCUACAUGUCCACAGACUGCGAGGGAAUCCUGCGCCACUUCCUGGUCCUCAACCCCGCCAGGCGCUGCUCUCUGGAGCAAAUAAUGAAAGAUAAAUGGAUUAAUAUUGGCUAUGAGGGUGACGAGCUGAAGCCCCACACAGAGCCUGAGGAGGACUUCAGCGAUACCAUCCGCAUUGAUGUGAUGGUUGGAAUGGGCUUCACCAGAGAGGAGGUCAGAGAGGCUCUGGUCAGUCACAAGUACAACGAGGUCACCGCCACAUACCUGCUGCUGGGAUGCAAGAAUGAGACGGAGGGCAGUGAGUCUCGGUCUGGAAGCAGUCUGAGUCUGGCUCGAGUCCGGCCCAGCGCCAUCACUAACGGAACCAGCAAACACUCCACUUCCUCUUCCUCCUCCGGAGCACCGUCAUCUUCCUCUGGCCAGAAGCCACAGCGCAGUGCCUCGACCUACCACCGCCAGAGACGACACUCAGACUUCUGUGGUCCAUCGGUUCCAGGGUCAACGCACCCCAAGCGAAGUCCCAGUGGUGUAGGCGAGGGGGUGGGGCUUAAGGAGGAGCGACUGUCGGUUCGCAAGCCAAGCACCAGUACUGUUGGGUCCCGUAGCCUCCCGACCCCCUCUAGUCCCAUGGUUAGCUCUGCUCACAACCCUAAUAAGGCCGAGAUACCUGACCGACGCAAGGAAGUCAGCUCAGCCACAAAUAACAUCCCUGCUAGUGCCAUGGCUCGAAGAAACACGUACGUGUGUACAGACCGGUCCAACACCGAUAGACACUCGCUGCUGCAAAACGGCAAGGACGGCAGUACCUUGUCCCACCGCCUUCCCCCUGCUUCCCCCUCAACCCACAGCAUCGCCGGUGCGUCUGGGGCCUCCUCCUCAUCCUCCACACCCUCCUCCCGCUUGUCCAGGGGGUCCACGGUAAGGAGUACUUUCCACGGAGGGCAGAUUAGAGACCGUCGUCCUCCCUCCCAUGCUGCCCCAGCUUCCCCCACACUGUCCCACGAUGCCAGCCCACUACCCCACGCCAGGACUCGGGCUACGACCAACCUGCUAAGCAAGCUGACCUCCAAGCUGACCCGGAGGGUCACUCUUGACCCUACUAAGCGUCAGAACUCAAACAAGUCCAUGUCGGGCUGCACCCUCCCACAGGGGACAAAAACAGUUAGUAAGUUUUCUUUUCCCAUGUUUUCCGGCUGCUGUCUGACUGUCUGCCUGCCACGUCAUCCCCUCUACCCCUCAUUCGCUGUCUGUUGCAGGUUAGAGUUUAGUGAUACAAACAUUAAUCCGAGGUGAAGCUGCUCCACGCACAGGAAUUUAAUCAGUGGUUGAGUUUAGUUGAACACCUGUACUGAGUCGAUGUGAUCUAGAGAACCUCUGGUCCUGUAGGAGAUGGAGGUGGACACUAUAGAUCAGGUCUCCUGUCACAGCACGCUGGACAGUUUACUCCUUUUCUUGUAAAUAAAUUGAACAUUAAUUUAGAGAUAAAAUAACCUGAUCAGAAUGAACACGUUUGGUUCAUCUUAACUGUUCAGUUUCGUAUCAUAAUGCUGACUCGUAUUACAGUAUAACCACAUGUGUUGAAAGCCUAGUUACCUUAGUAUAGAUGAUUAACUACCAUCUCAUGGUGCAGUGUAUCGUCACUGUGACCAAAGUCUUAUUUAGACAACUUUCAGACUGUGCCCAUAAAGGUUUGGCUCAGUUUACACCGAUUAUUUCUUUCUGUAGAGCAGCUUUAUGUUUGUGUGACUACAACUCAGAUCAGCAGCUGUCUGCCUGAAUGUCUGUCUGUCUGUCUGUCUGUCUGUCUGUCGGCACUGCUCGUGUCUCUGCUGGCUGGGCUUUAUGUCGUAGCACUCACCGACGGCUGGAGGUGACUCCUCAUCAUUUCCCACUUCCAACAAAACACGCUAUUGGUUUUCUGGAACAAGUGGUGGGCAUGUUUUAUUUAUUUAUUUUAGGUCUGGCUGUUGAAGUUUGUCCCCAUUUCUACACAGUGGAUUUUAAUGUUGGCAUUAGAUCAAAUGGAGCAGUUGUCUGUUAGGCUUGUAUGGGCAGAAAUCACCAGUCACACACACAACUGGCUUUUCAAAUAAUCAGCCUUAUGGAGAAGUGUUUGUGUGUCCCCUGGAGUAUGUGAGUUUACUGCUACUCAGCUGCUGUAGCCUCGGCCUCGUAAUCAGCUCCGUGGGUUUGUGUUGUUAACAAAUCAGCAGUGAGGCAGCAGGAUCCAAGACAGGAAAGGGACGGACGGUGCUUCAUUGGUGUUUUAUACGAGACGGAAGGCAGCGGGUAAAAGGCAACGUAAGACCGUUCACUGCUUCUGAGGCAAACUGCUGUUAGUGUGUUCUUUAUGGGCACACAUUUGUCCAUCCUGUGCACAGUUUGCCAAAUAUCAGCGCCAUGACAUCUGUUUGACCGAUGAUGUGUCGGUGAUCUGAAACCUUUUUGGUGUCCGUCCUUUGGGAUCAGAGAGCAAAGGCUCCUUCUUGAGCCAACGUUUGGCACUAAUAUUAAUGGUCUCACGGGAAAGAACCUGUGGUCAAAGAGGCACGGAGGCCAGCGUAAACACAACACAUUGUGUUUAGAGUUAAUCUCCUGGUGAUAUCCAUUAUCAGAUGUCACGCUGAGAAAUUUAGAAAACCGAAACCUGAGGAAGGAGCAGGCUGAGGGAAGGCGGAGCCUGAUAAAAGGUCAGCUAUGAUAGCGAAUCAUACAGCAGCUGUUUUAAUCAAUAAUCACUUUGAUCAGUCGGUUUCUUCAGAUGUCUUGUUUUAAGUACAGUUUCGAGGUAUCUGUACUUUGAGUGCUUCUACUUCACCACACUUUAGGGGCUAAUAUUGUACAUUUAUUGGCUAAGUUGUACUCUUUACUUCUUAGAACCACA